GAGCGAAUUGUCAUGUCAGAACAGUCAAGAAAACCAUGAUACUUAAACCAUUAAACUGAGAAAAUAUAUUAAAUAAGGCUUUGAAGGAAGGUCACGGUGACAUGUUGCUCGGAGAAAAACACAAUGAGUGCCUGGCAAAAGCCUCUGAGCAUGUGUUGGUCAGAAGUCGAUUGCGUUAUUGCAGCCAUCAAUCACUAGUCUGUGGUGUAUAAAAAUAGGUCCAGGUUGCCAAAUAGCAAAAACUGGUAAUGUCUUGUCAUGCUCACUGCCCACUGUCACUCUCUCUCUAAAAUAAGCUUGAGCUUAAUUCACUGCUCAGUAAAAAAUCAAGGUUUCAGUAGAGCUUCUGCUGCUCUCCUCUCUCUUCCUGGGUGCAAAAGAUGUUAUGAACUGUUAUGUACAACAAAACAGAUAUUUGCUGACAGGAUCUGGCAUCCGGGCCUGGAUCUGAUCAUUCUGGUGUGGAGGUAUGAUCUAACACAAUCCUACUUGAGGAUGUGAAGAUGAAGAGAACACAAGUCAGAGAAAAGAAGAUAAAUGAAGAAGAAGAGAAAAGGUGGGACAAAGCAGAGCCUUUUGAAGAAAUAAAAGCAGAUACUGAGUUACCGGAGGAGUACUAUCAUGGGCUUGAGGAUUUACCCUGGAACCUGAACUUACUGGAGCAUUUACUGUAUAUCAGCAUGCCAGCUUGGAUACAAAGAGCUCUGCUUUGUAAUUUAAUUGAGCGGUUUGGCAUCUGGACCUUUCACAACAACAUCCUGCCGUGUCGUCUCAUUUCCUACACCCUACUGCCGUACACUCUGCCUGCUUCAGCUGUCAUCUCAUUCAUCUAUAGGUUUUUAUGCUGGGUGGAGAAAAUUCCCCACCAGGCUCUGAAUGCAGGCAGGGAAUUCAAACAGGAAGUGAUGGCACAUCUGUGGUUAGUCUUUACACACUUGAGAGGACUUUUGCCAAACAGAUUCCUGCUUUUGCAAAUUCCAACUUUGCACCCCACUCUUGCUCUGUUUCUUCCACCCUGGUCCUGUUUCCCAUCUCUUUCUUUUACAUUCCUUCCUUGGUCCUCUUUCCCUUUACCUUCUCUUGCUUUGCAUUUUCUGCCACGGUGUCUAUCCACUUCAACCUCAAAGAAGCAGCUGGAGCUCAGGAGCCAGACUCAGCCUCUCUGGUCUAGACAACGAUCUCUCCUCUGCUUCCAGCUCACCGGAUCUGGCGGUUUCUCCAAAAAGACAGCUGACAUCCUUACAGAUGCAGAGCCACUAUCUUCAGCCUUCCUCCUGCAGCUCAACUUAAAGUUAGAAAUGGGCAGCCAUCCUGAACCACUACAGCUUCAGAAGGACCGACUUGAUUGUGAGGGAAGUUUAUUACUGAACACAGAAGUAGAUGACAAUCUCUCUUCUCCUUUUAUUUCUGACAUGGAUGUACAAGAGGAAGACUGAAUGACUUGUUAUGAAUGUUAUAUUACAAACAGAAGUCUCUACUGCAGAAUAGUUGAAUAUGCGGUGUAUUCUCUGAAUAUGCCAAUGUAUACAUAUCAGUGUUGUUAUUAUAAUUAAUUGAAAACUGAAAUAACAAAUUUUAGAUAAACCUAACAAGAACAAAAAAAAAAAAGAGAAAUGUUGAUUUGAGAAUUAAAGGAAAAUAAGUUACUAAAGUACGAAAAUUACUAAAACAAAAGCUAUAAAGAAAUAAUAAUAAUAAUAAAAAUCCAAUAAAAAUGACUGAAUGUAGUAAGAAUUUAGUAAAAAUAUAAUAAACAUGCCACAGUGAUAUUUUGUUUUAUGAAUGUGAGACUGUUAUAAUCUAAUAAAUGCAUUAUCAGGUGGGAUUGGGACAGACUGAUUUCACUGUGCAUAU